GGGUAAAUCGACGCACCGUGAAAGACUGGCAAUCUGUAUACAUAUAAUAUGCAUCCUAAAUUAAAGCCUAAGGAAGACUGGCAAUAGUCUGGAAAAAAUAUAAUUUUAUAACGUUACAAGUUGAAGACACACAUGAUAUAUUAAAUUUUUGGUACAUUUUGGGCAGAACUCAGUGAGUAAAAUUACUUCGAAAAGAAAGAAAAACAUCUUCACAUCCCAACCUGGAUGUUUUUAAGCUGCCUGGGAAUUCCCAAAAUUUCACAAUACAUGUAAAAGGGAAAUGGAAGCAACCACCGAGAACUCUUCGCAAUUGCCGGCGUACACGGCUCUGAGAUGGGGAGAGUUUGUCGCCAAUCCUCAUUUAUUGUACAACUUGUGUCCAGGGUCUUCGAAUCGCAAAGAGAACAAAGUGAUGAACAUGGCAAUAUGGACUAACCCAAUUAACAGGGAGUUUAAAGUGGAGAGUAUAGAGGAACUAGAGCGGCUCAGCAAUGACCUGUUGACAAAGCCGAUCUUGUUUCACGUGAAACUGCAGCAUCAAAAGGCUGAGUAUUACGGAGUGAUGGAAGUCCACAAGACUUGGAAAGGUGAGUUUGCAGUCCUUGUGAACACAAGGCAUCCAGGAAUCCGAGAAGUACUGACCCACAAGUUGUUGGAGAUCACUCAGCACAUGCAAGAGGGCAAAGAGUUUUGUCUGCAGCUAGACUUUGGCCCAGCAAUGAAGCAGUGGUACAGUUGGGCUGUAGAUUCGCAACCAGAUCUUUUUGACAUUAGGCGGAGCAGUAACUCGGGACACAUGGAAAUCUCAAUCCACAACUACUCGACUCCAGUGGACUACUGCAUGAACCCACUGUGUAUUGUGGGUUGCUUCCCUUUCUGGCUUCUUCUCGGAGGACCAUGCUGUUGUAUUCACAGAAUGAGGAAAUGUAUCAACGACUCCCACCAUUUUCGGAAUCUACCUGUUGUCCUAAUUACAGGGGUGAGUAUGAGAGUUACUGUGAGGCAAAACAUGCCAUCACCAGGACCAUCACAGCACUACAACCCCCAGGGACCACCCCAGUACUACAACCCCCAGGGACAAUCCCAGUACUACAACCCCCAGGGACCACCCCAGCACUACAACCCCCAGAGACCACCACAGCACUACAACCCCCAGGGACCACCACAUCACUACAACCCCCAGGGACCACCCCAGUACUACAACCCCCAGAGACCACCAACCUACCAAUCUAGGGUAGGGCCAGGGAACUAUGACCCCACACCACCUCCACCUUACCCUGGCAACAAUUGUUAGACAAUUGUAAAACAAGAGGGUUAGUGGUUUUGUGCAGCGGUGUUCAAUGCUUGUAAAUAUUACAAUGAUAUUGUAAGAUGACUAUUAAAUAAGAGGGUCAGAGAGCUGGCUGGCUGUGGCUAUUUUUAGAAUAUUUUUAUCCUCUUUUAUCGCAGAUAUCGAUCUAUAUUGAGAUAGAGGAAAUUGUUCAAAUUCUGAAAAUAUUUGAUUUUUAGCUCACCUGAGCUGAAAGCUCAAGUGAGCUUUUCUGAUAACCUUUUUUCCGUCGUCCGUCUGUCCGUCCGUUUGUAAGCUUUUCACAUUUUAAACUUCUUUUCUAAAACCACUUGGCCAAUUUCAACCAAAUUUGGCACAAAGCAACCCCAUAGAAAGGUAAUUAUAAAUUGCAGAAAUGAAAGACAGAUCGUUAUUUAAAACGGAGAA